AUGUCCCAAUCCGACCAACCCAACGGCAAAGACCAUGCCGCAAAGGAGUCUACGCCUCCUGUCGAGGCCCCUAUCGAGUCUCAGGCCGAAGGCAACGAGGUUGACCAGGGCCUGGAAGCCUUGAUUACUCUUACUAUCAAGCUUCCCCAUGAGCCCGGCCAAAUGCAGAUCACGGUUUCGCCCCAAGAACAGGUCCACGAAGUUAGACAGUCCAUCAUCGACCUCCCCGUGGCCUUCCAAUACACUUGCUUCCACUUGGAGCACCAUGGCGAGCGCAUCAACGACUUCCUUCCCAUUUCCGAAAUCGAGGGUCUGACCGAGGACCCCGAGGUCAAACUGGUUGAAGAUCCCUACACUGAGAAGGAGGCGCGCAUACACCUGGUUAGGAUCAGGGAGUUGAUUGGCGCUGCCGGAGACCGCACCGAUGCAGUCCAGGGCAUACUGCCUGGCCUGUCCCUCCUCGACACUGUUGUGCCGCCGUUGGAAGAGCAGGCCAACGGAGAGCAGCCUCAGGUUGUCAAAGAAGCUAAGGAAGACUACACUUUCGAUGCUCCUGUCCCCGUCUCGACCCUGUUGCCUCCCGUCGAGGAGGAAGAGGCUCCAAAGACGAUCAAGUCCAUUUCCCUCUCCGCCUGGAACCCGCCGCCUGUUCAUCUCAAGCAAAGAGGGCACCUGUUGUACCUCGUGGCUACAACCAACGAGGGCGAGCAGCACCAGAUCACGGCUCAUGUUGGGGGUUUCUUUGUCAACAAGUCGUCCAAUGCCAAAUUUGAUCCUUUCCCUCGGCCUGCUCCCAAGGGGGCUUCGGCGCACUCUCUGCUUGGCCUUCUUGAAAAGGUCUCGCUCUCCUUCUCGGCUUCAUUCGUCAAGCUGCAGGACUACAACAAUCGCAAGGAUCCUCUGGCGACCUUCCAAAUCACGAACGCGAUACCCGCCGCACCAUGGAUCGUGCCAUCCUCAUCCUCCCCCUUAUGUGCUCACAGCCCCGACUCGACACGGUCCCAGGAGACGUAUCUCAUUGCCGGGGCUGAUAACACCGACACUCUGCGAGACUGGAAUGAGGAGUUUCAGUCUGCGAGAGAGCUUCCCAAGGACACGGUCCAGGACCGUGUCUUUCGUGAGCGCCUCAUGUCUAAGCUUUUCGCCGAUUAUAACGAUGCGGCCACUCGAGGUGCUGUUCUUGUUGCUCGCGGCGAGAUCCCUCCAUUGAACCCAACAGAGUGCAAGGAUGCCCAAAUCUUUGUGUACAACAACGUUUUCUUCUCCUUUGGUGCUGACGGCGUUGGUACCUUCACAUCUGAGGGAGGCGAUGAGGCUGCUCGCGUUGCCACCGGCAAGGACGUCGCCGGCGUCAGGUUGGUCAAUCAGCUUGAUAUCGAUGGCCUUUUCACUCCUGCCACUGUUGUGGUCGACUACCUCGGCAAACGCAUCGUUGGGCAGAGCAUUGUUCCGGGCAUCUUCAAGCAGAGGGAGCCUGGCGAAAACCAGAUCGAUUACGGUGCCGUCGAUGGAAAGGAGGUUGUGGCCUCAGAUGAGCGAUUUGCGUCUGUUUUUGCGAAGCUGUCGCAGGCCCUCAAGGUCAAGAAGCAUGCUGUCUGGGACAAGGAUGGCAAGCGCGUUGACCUGGAGGCUAGCGUAGAGACCAAAGGUCUGUUGGGAACCGACGCCAGGAAAUACGUCCUCGAUUUGUACCGCGUGACGCCUCUGGACAUCGAUUGGCUAGAGGAGGAAGGCGAGGCUGAAUAUCCCCACCGUAUGGCUGUUCUCCGUCCUGAGCUGAUUGACUCAUACGGAAGGAAGAAGAUGAAGGCUUGGGUUGACGAGGAGUUGGCUCGCCGGGGCCAGACUGCCAAGGAUGCGGCUAAGGAUGUGGCCAAGGAUGAGACACUGGCUGAGCCCAAGAAACCGAAGCAGGUUGCGGCCAAAGAUGAGGAGAGUGACGACAGUGAUGACAGCGACGACAGCGAAGCGAGUGAGAGCGAGAGCGAAAGUGAGAGCGAGGAUGGGUCAGAGCCCAACAAGAAGGCUGUCAAGACCGAAACGUCCGAAGAACCGAAGGAGGUCGAAACAUCGAAAGAGUCGAAGGACUCCAAGGAUCAUAUCGACCUUUCCAAGUUUUCGUUUUCUCUCAACCCCGAUGUCUUCAGUGGACAGACUCCUCAGACCGACGCUGAGAAGGCCGAGAUGGAGCAAGACGAGAAAGAUGUUCGCCUCGCAACCAAGUACCUUCGUGAGCAGGUCAUUCCUGACCUCAUUCGCGAGCUCACAGACUGCGACAUUAGCUUCCCCAUGGAUGGUCAGUCCCUCGGCCGCCUUCUGCACAAGAGAGGUAUCAACAUCAGAUACACAGGCAAGGUGGCAGCGCUUGCUGAAGAUCCUCGCCUGCAGUGCUUGAAGGACAUUUGUGUCCAAGACAUGGUUGCCCGAUCAUUCAAGCACGUUGCUGCGAACUACCUGCGUCACUUGCCGGCGCCUUUUAGUUCGUCGUGCAUCUCUCAUCUGCUCAAUUGCCUUUUGGGCUACAAGUUGAACCCUAAGCCAUCCGCGGAGAUCGAUCUCGACCUGAAGUCUCUGUACUCCGACGCGGACUUGUCAUUUCAGCAGGUGACUCCGGAGUCUAUUCGAGCCAAUAUCGCGGAGGAGGCCCUCAAGCGAUUCAGGUACAGGCUUGACCCAGAGUGGUACACAAAGGUCAAGCCCUUGCAGCUGCUGCGCGAGAUUUCAUUGAAGCUCGGUUACCAGCUGCAGACCAAGGAGUACAACUUCACCGACAAGCCGGUUGCGCAGGCGGCCCCUGCCGCCGCUUCUGCCAACAAUGGCACACCCGCCACCAAUGGACAGGUCAACGGAGAAGGCGGCAAGAAGAAAAAGAACAGGAAGGUCGCGGCCAAGGACGCAAUCCCGGUGUCCUCAGGCCCACUGUCUCCGGCAACCACCUUCACUUCGGACGAUAUCGUCAAUGUCGUGCCCAUUGUGAAGCACUCCUGCCCUCGCAGCGCUCUCGCGGAGGAGGCAUUGGAAGCAGGUCGCAUUUCCAUCAUGCAAAACCAGCGCAAGCUCGGCCAGGAGCUUCUCCUUGAGUCGCUUUCUCUGCAUGAGCAGAUUUACGGAAUCCUCCACCCCGAGGUCGCGCGUGUGUACAAUACUCUGUCCAUGCUGUACUAUCAGCUGGAUGAGAAGGAAGCCGCCAUCGAGCUGGCCAGAAAGGCCAUUGUUGUGUCCGAGAGGACCGUUGGUGUCGACUCUGCCGAAACCCUGCUCAACUAUCUUAACCUGAGCUUGUUCCUUCAUCAGGCUGGCGAUAGCACUGGUGCACUGACCUUUGCCAAACAUGCGCUGAAGCUGUGGAAGAUCAUCUACGGCGCGGACCACCCUGACUCCAUUACCACCAUCAACAACGGUGCUGUGAUGCUUCAGCAUCUCAAGGCCUACCAUGAGUCCCGUCUGUGGUUCGAGGAAUCCCUUCGCAUAUGCGAGACGGUCUUCGGUAAGAACUCCAUCAACGCUGCCACCCUCCUCUUCCAGCUCGCACAGGCUCUAGCUCUGGACCAGGACUCCAAAGGCGCUGUCAACCGCAUGCGCGAGUCGUACAACAUCUUCCUCAACGACCUCGGACCUGAGGACAAGAAUACCAAGGAGGCGGAGAGCUGGCUGGAGCAGCUGACACAGAACGCUGUGUCGAUUGCCAAGCACGCAAAGGAUGCGCAGGCGAGGCGUCUGCGCGCCGGCAUCCACUUCACGCCCAAGGGUGCGCCAUACCAGGCCUCUUCCACCGCCCCAAGUGUGUCGAGUGGGCCGGCCAACGUCGGCUCACAACUGGGCGGCUCGUCGCAGAUGGACUCGCGCAGCAUUGACGAGCUGAUCAAGUUCAUCGAGGGCACCGACCAACAAACCAAGACUCCCAAAGGCAGGGUGAGCAGGGGCAACCCCAAGAGAAGGGGCAAAUCUUCCAAGUAA